GUGCGGCUCUGUGGACGUGGGGCGGACUAAACGCGUCUCAGAGAUGAUUCUUGUCACAUUUGGCGCUGCGUAUUUUUGCUCCAAAUCGCGCUGCGUCUGAUUCGAGUCUUUGAUCCGCAGCGAUGAUCAGCAAAGUGAAGAACGCCAUGUCUACGCUGGUGGGAGGGAUGAUGCCACACGGACACCACCAUCACCCCGGAGCAGGACAGCACUGUCCCGGGGACAGUCUGCCCCCGCGCUUCCCCUACGGCCGCCCGGACUUUCUGGAGCUCACCCCGGAGCUGCUGCAGUACUCCACGGAGCACGCGUCACGGCCGGUGCUGACUCUGAAGAGAGGGACCAGGCUGCCCUGGAGGACUGGAUACGCAGAAGUGAUCAAUGCGGGAAAGAGCAUGCUGAACGAGGACCAGGCGUCCUGUGAGAAGCUGUUUGUGAAGAAGCCCAGUGGAAAACACCGCAACUCCACACUGCUGGAGGACAACGGGGAUGGCACGGGGAUCCCGAUGCACUUCUGGGGCGUGUUCGACGGCCACGCCGGCUCCGGAGCCGCCAUCAUGGCGUCAAAGUUACUCCACAGACUCAUCAGAGAUCGACUCGGAGAAAUCUGCCACCUGCUGGAAAACCCCAACAGCGCACCUCCAAUCUGCCUGGCCAAAAACGGAAACGCCUACCAGGUCGACUCAAAGAAAGGGGCCCCUCAGGAGCCCGAGGAUCCUGAUGCAGUUUGUGACUCCACCCUGCGCUUCCACAUGGAGAAAACUGUGAGUCUGGAAAGUCUCAUCAUGGGAGUCAUCGAGACGGCGUUCAAACAGAUGGACGACCUCAUUGAAAAGGAGAAAGCGUCUUACGCGAUCUCCGGCGGCUGUUGUGCCUUAGCAGCGAUUCAUUUAAUGGGAAAACUGUACGUGGCAAAUGCUGGAGACAGCAGGGCCAUAAUAAUCAGAAAUAAUGAGGUAAUUCCCAUGACUAAUGAAUUCACGCCUGAGUCUGAGAGGCAGAGACUGCAGUAUCUGGGUUUCCUCAGACCUGAGCUCCUGGGGAAUGAGUUCACUCAUAUUGAGUUUCCUCGAAGGAUUCAGCACAACGAGGUCGGCAAAAAGAUGCUGUAUCGAGACCACACCAUGACGGGCUGGGCGUACAAAACCAUCAUAGAAGAUGAUCUAAAGUUCCCCCUGAUCUACGGAGAAGGGAAGAAGGCUCGUGUCAUGGCGACCAUCGGAGUGACCCGGGGCCUGGGCGACCACGACCUCAAAGUUUACAACUCCAACAUUUACAUCAAACCGUUUCUGUCCUGUGUCCCUGAGGUGAUGGUGUAUAAUCUGGAUGAAAACAAACACGGGUCAAACGACGUCCUGGUGAUGGGCACAGACGGACUGUGGGACGUGACCACGGACAGAGAAGUCGCCGAUGCCGUGUCUGCGUAUUUAUCCUGCUGUGACCCCUCUGACCCCAUGAGAUACUCUCUGGCGGCGCAGGACGUCCUGAUGCGUUCCCGUGGCGUGCUGAAGGAGCGCGGUUGGAGGUUGCCCAACGAGAGACUGGGGUCUGGAGACGACAUCACGGUGUUCGUGGUUCCUCUGGCGGGAGGCGAGCUGGAGACAUGACGAGCCGUCGCCGUGGAGACCGCCGUAGCUCCGUAAGCCCCGCCCCCUCCUCCUCCAUCUUUCCCGGAUCCCGGAGCGACGGAGGACGAGAGCGCCUCCUCGUCACAGACCUGAGCACCUUCGGCCCCGCCCCGUCCCGCAGAACGCUCACGUCUCAACGUAUUUUUAACGACGUUUCCUUUUCUUCUGCUGUUUGUGACGUUCAAUCUUUGUAACGUUUAGGUCAAACGGACAGAACACGCUGGAAAAAUGAAGUUUUCACAUC